AAGACGAGGCAGCACUGAUCGAACAAUCAGCGCACCGACUUUCUGGGUGUAACCGGUUCGUCCUUUGCACCAGAAAGCUCAGUCGAAUGCGGCGAAACAAGAGUCAACUAUAACACUUGAAACUUAUCCCACACUUCCUCCAAUCCUUCGUUCCAAAUGACCGAGGUUCACCCUCCCGCAACUGCGAGUAGCAAUGGGGCUGCAGCAAGGGCCCCGCAUCCGUCCGCUCAGCAGAGUAAUGGAGGGGGUGCCGGUACUUCUCAAGGUGGUGGUGCAUCUGGGAAUUCGGCUUCUUCGUCGAACACUGUCGGUGCUGCUGCUGAGCCGCCGGGCUCCCAGUCCCCGGCUGCUUCUACUCCUGGCCAGACGUCUAUGGGACGGAGCCCUAAAAAGCGCCGCAAAGUCAAUCAUGGUAAGGCAGUGGAGAUCCGCCCCACCCUGUAUAACCUUCUCGCCGCAGCAUCUAGAACCUAUAAACUGACUUAGGGUCGCGUGAUAGCAUGCGUGUAUUGCCGAAGAUCACACAUGACGUGCGAUGAUGGUACGUAAGGAGAAAAAACCUCCGUUUGGCUCAGUUCUCUGCUUUCUGCUACUCCCAACGGUCUGGUUGGGAGAAGUCUGUAGUGAGCGUAGAAUGCUGAUGUGCUACGUUGGCAGACCGGCCAUGUAUGCGUUGUGUGAAAAGAAAUAUAGGUCAUCUAUGUCACGACGAGCCUCGCGAGCCCAAAAGGCAAAAGACAGAGACCUCUACAGCCGCCCAAGAAAACGAUCAGGAGGACUCGAAUACCUCCCCCUCUAAGGCGUCAAUAACGCCUCCGGCCAACGGGAUGUCCAAAACACUUGAGCAGCAAGAGGCGAGGGCCUCCACUGCGACUGCUACAUCCAGUGUCUCGCUCCCCCCGCCACCCAUACCUCCCUCUAGGCCCGGUGCAGGGACGUCCAUUGUCGCACCGUCCCCGGUCUCUGUAGCGCCGAGGACAACCCUCAAUGGAAGCUCCCAAGCCUGUAAGUUGGACCCUAAUAUAAAUACUUGGCUGCGACCCUUGCGCGGAUCUUCUGGCUCAUAUCAAUUGACAGUUUUGGGAGUUACCGACUGGGAUCAUCCGCUACCGCAACAACAGCCGGCAACAUCGUAUACCAAUCCAUAUCACCAGCAGUGGAUGUUUUCCGCUCCGGAAGUGUCUAGCGAAUUCAGCUUGCUGAGCGACUUCCUCGGCAAUCUAUACCCCGAUGAGAUCUUCACUACCGAUCAGAACCAGAGCCUAUUUUCAGACACGGCGUCUAACGUUCAACUGGGUCAAUCUGACGCGGGUAAUGCCACCUUCAAUCAGCAGAGGCUUCUACCGCCUGCCAACUCCAGCUCGAUAUCGGCAAUCCCUCGCCCAGGGAGCGUAAAGCCAUCGGCCGAGAGAGCAAGGGAAAACUACUAUCUCACUGCCGCGGAUCCAUCUCAGGAUGCUCCGGAGGAGAGGAUGAAACAGGUCCUGAAAGCGAAACUUGAAGCGGGCCUCCUGAAACCUUUCAACUAUGUAAAGGGAUACGCUAGACUUUCGCAGUACAUGGAGAAAAACAUGGCGCACAGUUCGCGCAGAAGGAUAUUAUCGCAAUUGGACAAGUUCAGACCAAAGUUUAGGGAGCGGACGCAUCGGUUGACGGAUCUCGAUUUGGUUCAUGUGGAAGAAUGGUUUGAAAAGUCCUUACUCGAGUACGAUCGAGUUUUUGCUUCCAUGGCAGUCCCGGCUUGCCUCUGGCGGAGGACCGGAGAGAUAUUCAGAGGAAACAAGGAGUUUGCGGAACUUAUAAAUGUCCCAAUCGAGCAAAUGAGAGAUGUAAGCCUCUUAUUCCACGCUUUAGCGGGGGGCGGGCGCGGGUGCGGGCGCUUUGAAAUUGUCACUCAUCAUGGAUGAAUGCAAGGCUGCAGGUUUCGUUAAACUGUUACUGAUGGCUCAACUAGGGAAAGUUGGCGAUUUAUGAGUUAGUCGUAGAAGAUUCUGCUGUAAGCUACUGGGAAAAAUUCGGCACCAUCGCCUUUGACACCACCCAAAAGGCUAUGUUGACGAGCUGCCAUUUGAAGAACCCUGAUCCAAAUGCCAAGGAAAAGCUCAUCCAUUGUUGCUUCUCAUUCACGAUUCGACGAGAUAUGAACGACAUGUCAGUUAUUCCCCGCCAUCAGUGCCUUAUAUUCUAUUACUAACUCGACUGUGAACCGCAGUCCCGCGCUAAUAAUUGGUAACUUUCUACCUAUACACCCUAAAAAACAUGGCUUUGGCGCAUGAGAAUUAUUGAUUUAUAAAUUGGGGUUUACGCUUUGUUUUUAUUUAUUUUUAUUUUUUUGUUUCAUGUCACUUCCGUUGCCGGGUGUAAUUCUACAUAGGAUAUAGCCUUUGCCACCGAUGAUUGUAAUGAUUGUUACCUGCAUGCUGCUGAAUAGGGCUUGGCUAAGUCAUUGCCCGAAUCACUCCUGUGUGCUUUAUUGAGACUAAGAUUCUACCUGCGGCGGGGCACUACAUGGCGAGGUUUUUACAAUGUGUCCCUUUUUGCGUGCUUCUCAUGGCGUUAGGUACGAAGCUGGCUCGGAGUUGAACGUUUGCUUUGAGUUUUCCGUCCCUCAGGUUUUCUUUAUUUGUAUUGCAUUCGGUUUACUUUCUUUUCCCUCCUCACAGGAUUCCCUGAAGAGGUGGUAUGUCUGCUACAAGACCAAUGGCGGGGUGGUUGGCGAUCAAAUUGGAGAUUCUGGUUUUGAAUGA